AUGAGCGCCCUGGGGGAAGCGCCACCGACGGACAGCGCGCACCCCGGGACCGCAUUGUUCAAGGCCUCCACAGAACGAGGCAUGCACCGCGUGUUAUCGGUCGACUCGCUCGCCCAGCCGCGGGACGAGAGUGAAGCCCUCGACGAGCCGCCACGAUCCUCCCGCCCCUUGGCCUCCCAUUUCAAGGCCUGGGCUCCAGAGGCUGGAGAAAUCCUGCUAGGCAUCGGCCUCUUCGUCGCACUCGUCGUCAUCCUCAACACAUACAAUGGCCAACCACUCCCACAGUGGCCAAUGGGUCUGACCCUUAACACUAUCGUCGCCCUCCUCGCCACGCUGUGCCGCUCUAUUAUCAUCCUGCCCGUCACGGAGGGUAUCUCGCAGUUCAAGUGGAACUGGUUCGUGGCCGGCAAAAGACCUAUCAAGGACCUCCUUAUAUUCGACCAAGCCAGUCGAGGGCCCUGGGGCUCCCUCCGCCUGCUGUUCCGCCUGCACGGACGACUCAUGCCGCUGAGCCACGUGGCUGCCCUAGUCCUGGUUUCUGGUCUCGCGACGUCCUUCCUCACGCAGUCUGCCGUGUCGUAUGAGUCGCGCCUCGCCGUCAGCGACAAGAGUGGCCGCGCGACGAUCAAGAGAGCCAGCGUCUAUCCGGCGACAACUGGUACCGAGGACAGCAGCGGCGAUCUCGAGGUGCUCAAGCGCACGGCUCUGCAGGCGACCUUUCUGCAUGUCGAUGACCAUUGGCCGGUCCCUGAGCCGACCUGCCCUAGCGGGAAUUGCGACUAUCCCGUGUACCACUCUCUCGGGCUAUGCGUGAGCAUGGAGAAUGUGACGUCUGAACUAAAGCACAAGGAGAUGGAAGGGAAGAAUGGCGACACGACGGCCAGGCUCUCCCUUCUCAACGGCACAGUGUUCAUGGACGAUAAGGUGAACUCGGUUGUCGGUUUGCCCGACACCGUCAACGCGACGUCCCCCGAGCCCCUGGAUUCAAUUGACAUGCCCGAUGUGUCGCACAUGACCGAAGAGGAAGCGUCUGACGCCAUGGCCGAGGCUAUGAAGAAUUCUAUCUGGCCUCCCGAGAGGAACUCGGUGGCAGGGUGGAAGAAUCCCGACCUGCUGUCCGCGACGAUUUCGCAGUUCUUCUUCAUCUGGACCAACGACAAGGUGCCAUACCAGGGCACGAGCAGCCGGUACCGCGCGGCCGAGGUGCUGUGGCAUAUCUGCGUCUACACGUACAACACGACGGCCCGCGACGGCGGCGCGACGACGGACACGCUCGACUCGGUCACCAAGAUUGAUUCAGUCAUCAAGAAGACCGGGGAGAACGCAUUCAACCUGACCGACAAGGACGGCCGGGACAAGUUUCGCGUCUCGAACAAGUACGCCUACGACUCCCUCGACAGCACAUUCCGACGGGCGUUUCAGGGGGCGUGGUCGAGUCUCUGGGGCACGGACAGGGACUACAGUGAGAUCAGCUCGCAGAUGGCGAGGAACCUGUUUGACCGCGGGACCGACGACUACGAGGCUUACACUGCGAUGACCGCGGCGGAGCGGGACGACAUGCUAUGGAGCAACCUGGGCAAGAUGACGGGGACCAUUGCGCAGAGCGUGACGACGUACAUGCGCAACGCGGAGAAGACGGACGGCGAGGUCGUGGGGCAGGUACUCCAGACGGAGACGUUUGUCGUCGUGCGAUGGGCGUGGCUGGCGUUCCUGGCUGCGCAGAUGGGGUUGACGAUUGUGUUUGUGGUGGCUGUGGCGAUACACACGGCGCGGCUGGACGUGGACGUGGUCAAGAGCAACAAUCUCUCGGAGCUUUUUGCGCAGCGGGGGAGAGGACAAGAGGAGGAGGGGGAGGAGGAGGAGGAGCCGCUGCUGGGUAUCAAGACGCAGGUGGAUAAGCUGGUCAAGGGGCGCUUGGUGCGGACGAGCGAGGCGUGGGUGUUGGAUGUGCAGAGGGAGGAGGCGCCUGACGGGAAGCUGUGA